AUGUGGAUAGAGAAGAAAACAUUUGAGGCCGGUGUGCUUAGGCCGACUGUGGAGUCAGUGACUACAAUGCUGAAAUACAGGGCAACGCCAACGUCAAAAACUACAAACAAGAACCAAUUAGAGAUACUCAUAAACCUUAUGCAAGGUAAUCCUGGCAUUGCGCGUGGGUUUUAUAGGGGCAGCAAGGAGGACUUAAACAGAUUUUGGCGCAAAGCCGAAGCCGAACUGAAUUCGGCUGGCCCACCAUCUAAAAAUGUUGCAGAGUGGAAAAAGGUUUGGGCAGAUCAGAAAAAAUACGUCCGGCAGAAAGCAGCCAACAACAACAGGCAAAGAAAAGGCACAGGUGGUGGUCCUAAUAUUGAGUACAAAUUCUCUGCCACCGAGAGUGCGAUAUUUGAAUUGAUUGGAAUGAAAGAAUCGUUGAUAGGUGUAGCAAAGCCCUUUGGAUUGGACGUGGUUGAGACAGACGAAACAGAAGAACCACUACCUCAACGAGAAAAAACACUAUCUCAACGAGAAGAAACACUACCGCAACGACAGGAAACAAUAACUACACGAAAUGAAGCAUUUGAAGAAAUAGAGGAGGAAAUUGAAAUAUGUGGUAUUGGCGAAAACGAGCAUAGUUCAGUGAAAUUUUGUAAGCCUACACCUGUGCGAAAGGACGUGCCAAAGCAAAAAGGCCAUGCUUCUGGUGUGUUAGCCGAAGAGCUUAAUAUUCAGCGCGAAAUGUGUAAUAUAUUAAAGAACGGUAUGAUUGAGCAAGAGCGAAGCAUGAAGAAGCUAUAUCGGACGCUUGACAGCUUGUAUGUUGUCCAAAAACAACAUUUUAAAACGAUGGAACAAAUAAAAUCUCCUGAGCUAGAAGAAAUUAAACGCCAUAAUGUAACUAUGGAAAAGCUUAGACUCAGGAAAUCGAGGCAAAACUAG